AUGGAAGUUGAAACGGCAGCCGACGGUGGCAACGUCAAGCACCGAGGCAGAGUACAUGGCGUUGUAUACUCUGCGACACAAGAGGUGGUAUGGCUGCGUUUACUGCUUUCGAAUAUUGGUAUUGUACCAGAAGCGGGAACGACAAUCUAUGAAGAUAACCAAGGCUGCAUUGCCCUGGCAAAGAACCCGGUGUUUCACUCAAGAACCAAACACAUCGACACCAAAUUUAGUUUUCUUCGCAAAAAGAUUGAGGAAGAUGUCAUUGAGCUCGAGUACAUGCCUACGAAUCACGUGGUUGCAGACGGCUUAACGAAAGCUCUCGGGCGUGUCAAACAUGAGAAGUUUCUCAAAGGUCUUUAUCUCGAACCUUAG